UACAUUAGCCACAUUCCUGCCCACAAAUUCAUGCUGAUGGAAGCACGAGAUAGGACGAUGCCAAAAGACUGAUAGAGCAACCAAGGGUUGAAGUUUUGCGGCAAGGCGGCAAUUGGCGGUAACAUUUCCUCAUCUGAAAGACUUCCGUUAUUUAGCCGCAAAGUGACAUGGAAAGUUCCCCGCUGCCAAAUAUUUUUCAAUCCUUAUGCUUUGAUACGUUCAUCAUCACUUUCUGCAACGGUGUCGUGCUGCGCCAUGUCUCGCCGCAAGAUCCGCAAUACUGCGGAAGAGACCCUGAGCCCUCCUGAUGCAUUGUCUCCAGGUCAGACGAUCGCUCGCGUCAUCAAAGCCCAGGGCAAGGACCUGUAUUCUGUCCAGACCCCGGACGGAACCGAUCUCCUGGUCGAACUCGAGGCGAGGUUUCGGGGCACCAUCUUUGUCAAAAGAGGCGGAUAUGUCCUUAUUGAUACCAACCCCACGACCGACCGAGCGAACAAGAUCCAGGGAGAAAUCAUAAAUAUUGUCCGGGACGAAAAGACAUGGAGGAAAGAGUCGUAUUGGCCUGCGCAGUUUGUAAAAAAGACAGUCCCCGUGGACAGUGACGAAGAGGAGUCGCUGGUCGGAAAGAUGCCUCCCUCGGACGAUGAAGACGAUUGAACAAUAUGUCUUAGGCACUGUCUGCAGCACUCUCCAUGCUCAUGUAGUCCUUGCUUGCACUUUUGCAGGCGGACU